AUGCUGCUCGGAGCGUCCUGGUUGUGUGCGUCCAAGGCGGCCGCCGCUGCUGCGCAGAGCGAGGGCGACGAGGACAGCCCAGGCGAGCGGCGGCGGCGGCGGGCAGCGGCCGCGGCCGCGGGCGAGAACAUGGACGAGUCUUCUCUGCUGGACCUGCUGGAAUGCUCCGUGUGCCUGGAGCGCCUGGACACCACGGCCAAGGUGCUGCCGUGCCAGCACACCUUCUGCCGCCGCUGCCUGGAGAGCAUCGUGUGCUCGCGACACGAGCUACGAUGCCCUGAGUGUCGCAUCCUGGUGGGUUGCGGCGUGGACGAGCUGCCGGCCAACAUCUUGCUGGUGCGUCUCCUGGACGGCAUCCGGCAGCGGCCGCGCGCGGGCGUGAGUCCUGGCAGCAGCCCGCCCGCGCGCCCUGGCUCCAGUCCCAGUGCGGCCCCAGUGCUUGCAGGCGGGGGUGCGGCCGGCAGCGCCCCGGGCUCCCCAGUUUUCCUCCCUGGGGCUGCAGGAAACGCCACAGCCGGCCUGUGCGAACUGCUGAGCAGCAGGAACGCGCCCGGGGCCAAGACUCUAACCCAGCUUCCCUACGGCAAAGCCCUCUACAGCUACGAGGGGAAGGAACCUGGAGACCUCAAGUUUAACAAAGGGGACCUCAUCAUUCUACGGCACAAGGUGGAUGAGCACUGGUACCAUGGCGAGUUGCGCGGAGCACAGGGCUUCCUCCCGGCCAGCUACAUCCAGUGUGUCUGGCCCUCGUCACAGGCCCCACCCCAGGGCAAGGCACUUUACGAUUUCGAGAUGAAGGACAGAGAUCAAGACAAAGACUGUCUGACCUUCACCAAGGAUGAAAUUUUGACCGUGAUCCGAAGAGUGGAUGAUAACUGGGCAGAAGGAAUGCUAGGGGACAAGAUCGGGAUCUUCCCCCUACUCUAUGUGGAGCUCAACGACUCUGCCAAGCAGCUCAUUGAGAUGGACAAGCCAUGCCUGGCUGCUGCAUCGAACUGCAACACCUCCUUGUCCUCUGAUACCGGUGCUGCGGCCAGCAUGACCCCAGGUCCCACUGUAAGCAGCUCAGGGGCGGUCAGUGCCUUUCAGCGACGCGUGGACAGCAAGAAGAAUACCAAGAAACGUCACUCCUUCACCGCACUCAGCGUCACACACAAGUCCUCGCAGGCUGCCAGCCACAGGCACUCCAUGGAGAUCAGUGCCCCGGUGCUGAUCAGCUCCAGCGACCCCCGAGCCGCAGCCAGGAUCGGCGAGCUUGCUCAUCUGUCCUGUGCUGCUCAGGAUUCCUCCUUGGCCGGACCUGCCCCCACAGCCGUCCCGCGAGCUGCCACUGUGGCCGGAGAGCAGGGCAUACCUCCCAAAGUCCAGCUUCCCCUCAACGUGCACCUGGCGCUCUAUGCCUACAAGCCCCAGAAGAACGACGAGCUGGAGCUGCGCAAGGGCGAGAUGUACCGGGUGCUCGAGAAGUGCCAGGAUGGCUGGUUCAAGGGAGCAUCUCUGAGGACCGGGCUCUCUGGGGUGUUCCCCGGCAACUACGUGACGCCCGUCUCGAGGGUUCCUGGAGGAGGGGCUGGGCCUCCCCGGAAUAAUGGGGUCGGAGGGUCUCCAUUGGCCAAAGGGAUGGCUACAACCAUGCACCCUGGUGGGGGAAGCCUGAGCAGUCCAGCCAUUGCCAGCAGGCCUGCCCUGCCCCUCACCUCGCCACAGACCCAUGCCCAGCACCAAGCAGCUUCCUUGUCCACCGGCACCUGUCAGCAACACAUGGCCCAGCCAACGGCCAGCCAGACCCGAAAUACCAUCCCAACAGCUGCCCACUCCUCAGCACAAGGUCAAGAGCGACCGACUGCCACCGUGUCACCCCUUCGCACCCCAAACUCUCCAUCCCGCCUGCCUGCCACCAGCCUCAGGCCCCGCUCCAACGUGUCCCCACAGCAUGGCCACCAGCCCCCAGUGCAAGUGUGCCCCCGGCCAGCCAUCCCUCUGUCGUCAGCAGCCUCAGCCAUCACACCUCCCAACGUCAGUGCGGCCAACCUAAACGGGGAGGCCGGCAGCGGCCUGUCCACAGGCAGCCCCACCAACACAGCUUGCAAACCAGAUGAAAAGAAGAAUGAGAAGAAAGAGAAGAAGAGCACGCUGCUGAAGCUGCUAGCCGGGGCCUCCACGAAGAAGAAGCCACGCUCCCCAACGUCUGUCUCUCCGACCCACGACGCCCAGGUGGCCAUGGACGUCGUCCUCCAGGGCGCAAUGGGCCCUGAAGUGUCCUCACUGUCCAUCCACGGCAGGGCUGGGUCCUGCCCCAUAGAGAGCGAGAUGCGAGGGGCCAUGGGGCUGGAGCCGCUGCACAGGAAGGCGGGCUCCUUGGAUCUCAACUUCUCCUCACCCCCUUCCCACCAGACACCUCUUUCCAUGGCUGCCAUCCGCCCUGAGCCCAAGCCAUUGCCCAGUGAGAGAUACCGCGUCGUGGUCUCGUACCCACCACAGAGCGAAGCAGAGAUCGAGCUGAAGGAGGGGGACGUAGUCUUUGUGCACAAGAAGCGAGAGGACGGCUGGUACAAGGGGACCCUGCAGCGCAAUGGCCGCACCGGCCUCUUCCCUGGAAGCUUCGUGGAGAGUUUCUGA